AUGGCACGAGGAGCAAUAUCCCUCGCCGCCAUUCCUUCAAUGGCUUCUCUUGUCAACCUCUCAAACGAGCUCUUGAUCCAAAUAUCCGAUUAUCUAUACCUUCCAGACCUUGAAUACUUUGCAUUUCUCUCCCCGAGGAUCUUCAACGUGUGUCAGCAGCGUAUUGAGGAACAUCAACAGUCGAGAAACAACCAUCGCCGCAAGGAUCAAACAAGGUGGAGAAUGGGCCAUCCUGAUCUCAGUUGGACUGAUUUUUUCAAUGAGAUGUGUCGACUAGACUAUGCGCCCUACGUGCAAGAGCUCAUCCUAGAAAGGCGCACAGGAGUUGGGGGUCCCAGCCCUCGUCUUACCCCGGAAGAGUUGGCAGCAUUCAUUCAAUUCGUCCGAGCUUCGCCUUACAUACUACCAAAUGAAGAAGACGAACUGCUAUACCAAGAGAUGUUUGUACCACGCGAGCAAUUCUGGCACAGGCCUUACCGGCGCAAUCAUGAAGGCGGACAAUUCUCGGAAAGGCGUACGUCUCUAAACACGGGCUCGACACGGCUAUUCUUCGAGCAUCUCUACAUCAUGGUCACCAGUCACCGUUCCGAACUUCAGCAUUCCGAAAAGUUUACCUACUCGUCCGGCGGAAAGAUGUAUCUCUUUGCCACGAGGAACACCCAUCGUUUAAUGCCGACUGUGGAGACUUCCGUGAAUCUUUGA